AUGUCAAUACAACCCCAAUCAACGCUAGAGUCUAGUAAAGAAUCAUCUAAUAGUAUAUCUUUUGAUCCCACUAUCGUUGCCACUAAUUCCACUACAUCGCCUCAAAAUCAACCAAUAUUGAAUCGUCGACCCACAAAAUCUACAUUCAACUGUCCCACACCAAAUGAAAAGCGACCACGGUUGUCAAGCGGUUUAAGUAGUUUUCUUAAUAGACGAAGAUCAGAGUAUUAUGAUGAUAAUGAUGAAUUUCACGAUGGUUGUUGUGGAUCU